ACUCCCCUUCCGCGGCGGGCGCCUCCUCUGACGCCGGAGGAGCGACGAAAACGAAAGCGGGAGCCUGUCUCUUGCUGCAGGCCUCUCCCUCGGCCCUGGAGCGGCGCUGCCCGGGCUGGAAAGGGCUCCCUCGGGGGGUGGCGAGGGGCGGCGGGCCCCCUGCUCCGCUGGGAUGAGCUCCGGCCCCGCCGCGCGCCGCCUCCUCCGCCUCCUCCUCCUCCUGCCCCGCCGCCCGGGAACCAGCCCGGCCCCACCGCCGCCCAGAACGAUAUUUCUGAGGACAGCCUUAGCCAUGGCCACCGGAGGAAAGGACAGCUAUUCCAGCGCUCUCCACACUAAUCGUCUGGUUCAUGAGAAGUCCCCUUACCUCCUUCAACAUGCCCAUAAUCCGGUUGACUGGUACCCAUGGGGUCAGGAAGCCUUCGAUAAAGCAAAGAAAGAGGAUAAGUUGAUUUUUUUAUCAGUUGGCUAUUCAACCUGCCAUUGGUGCCAUGUGAUGGAGCACGAAUCCUUCCAAAAUGAAGAGAUUGGUCAAAUUUUGAAUGAGAACUUUGUGUGCAUCAAGGUGGAUCGUGAGGAGCGGCCCGAUGUGGACAAAGUUUACAUGACCUUUGUGCAGGCAACCAGCAGUGGAGGGGGCUGGCCAAUGAGUGUAUGGCUGACUCCAGACCUUAAACCUUUUGUAGGGGGGACCUAUUUUCCUCCUGAGGAUGGCAUUUACCAAGUUGGCUUUCGGACUGUUUUGCUCCGCAUCCUAGAGCAGUGGAAACGGAACAGAGCUGCCCUUUUGGAAAACAGCCAGAAGAUCUUGUCUGCAUUGCUAGCCAGGACGGAUGUUGGUGUCCGAGGGGAGGAAAUGCCUCCUUCUUUGAAGGAGGUGAUGAGCAGAUGUUUCCAGCAACUCUCAGAGUCCUAUGAUGAAGAAUAUGGUGGAUUCUCAGAGACUCCCAAGUUCCCUACUCCAGUUAACAUGAAUUUCCUCUUCUCCUACUGGGCUCUUCAUCGAUCCACUUCUGAAGGAGCUCGUGCUCUUCAGAUGGCCCUGCACACACUCAAGAUGAUGGCAUAUGGUGGCAUUCAUGAUCAUAUUGCUCAGGGCUUCCAUCGCUAUUCCACUGACCAACGUUGGCAUGUCCCUCACUUUGAGAAGAUGCUGUAUGAUCAAGGGCAACUGGCAGUAGCUUUUGCCAAGGCAUUUCAGAUUUCUGGUGAUGAAUUAUUUGCAGACACUGUGGCUGAUAUUUUGCUAUAUGUUUCCCGGGACCUGAGUGACAAGUCUGGGGGAUUCUACAGUGCAGAGGAUGCAGAUUCCUACCCCACUGCCAAAUCAGAGAAGAAGCAAGAAGGGGCGUUCUGCGUGUGGAUGGCCGAGGAGAUCCGGCAGCUCCUGCCAGACCUCAUUGAAGAGAGCCCAGAGAGAAAGAGCGUGGCAGAUGUCUUUAUGCACCACUAUGGGGUUAAAGAAGACGGCAAUGUGAACCCAAUGAAGGACCCUCACAAUGAGCUGAAAGGCAAAAAUGUCCUGAUCGUGCAGUAUUCCCUAGAACUUACAGCUGCCCGUUUUGGACUGGGGCUGGAGCAGCUGAAGACGAUGCUUGUCAAAAGUAGAGAGCAGCUUUAUAAGGCACGGGCCCAACGGCCACGGCCCCAUCUGGACACCAAGAUGCUGGCUGCUUGGAAUGGGUUGAUGAUCUCUGGCUUUGCUCAGAGUGGAGCCAUCUUGGGUAAGAAGGAGUAUGUUGACUGGGCUGUGAACGCAGCUGACUUCUUGCGGAACCACAUGUUUAAUGCCAGCAAUGGAAAACUGCUCAGAAGCUGCUACCGGGGAAAAGAGGACUCAGUGGACAAGAGUUCUGUUCCCAUCCAUGGCUUCCUGGAGGAUUAUGUUUUUGUAAUCCAAGCCCUCUUCGACCUUUAUGAGGCAUCGCUGAACCCAAGCUGGUUGGAGUGGGCCGUACAGCUGCAGCACAAGCAGGACGAGCUCUUCUGGGAUCCAAAAGGGUUUGCCUAUUUUUCCACAGAGGCUGGUGACCCUUCCCUACUCCUCCGUAUGAAAGAUGAUCAAGAUGGUGCAGAGCCCAGUCCCAACUCUGUUGCUGUCAGCAAUCUGCUCCGGGCGGCCAGCUACACUGGCCACAAGGAAUGGGUAAAGAAAGCUGGGCAGAUUUUGUCCGCCUUUUCAGAGAGGCUGUUGAAGAUCCCUGUGGUCCUCCCUGAGAUGGCUCGAGCCACCGCUGCUUUUCACCUGACCCAGAAACAGGUUGUUAUCUGUGGUGAUCCAAAAGGAGAAGACACCAGAGAGCUGCUGCAUUGUUAUUAUUCUACAUUCACUCCGAACAGGGUGCUGAUUUUUGCUGACGGGAACACAACAGGAUUCCCUUACCAGCAGCUUGGCUUCCUCUCGUCUCUAGAGAAGAAAAAUGGAAAAGCUACUGCUUAUCUGUGUGAGAACUUUGCCUGCUCCUUGCCUGUCACUUCGAGCCAAGAGUUGCGCUGCUUGCUGCUGUCCUGAGGCGGCUAUCCUUCGUGGCCCUUGCAUUUCAGUGAUGAAGAGGAAAGAGACCCCUACAUUUAAUGAGGCAACAUUUAGCUACUUGGCCCUUCCAAUAAAGUCGCUUUCAGACUAGCUUAGUUCUGGCCACUUUCACCUUGUCCUUUGUGUUAUAAUAGCAUCUUCUCAUCCUUCAAUCCAGGGAGAUGCAUAGUCAGUGGACUUCUGAUUCACUUAAUGGGACUAACUGCCUUGGAAGGUGGUGGCCGCUCCUUUGGAAUCUGUAAACAUCGGAUGGGUGGGCAUCUUUCAGGGUGCUGUGCUUGCCAGAGCUGGACAGGUGGACCUUGUGGUCCUUUCCAACUCUAGGAUUCCACGAGUUUUCAAGAUGUAGAGCAGUGAAAUUAUUGUUUGAAGUAAUUUGAUGGGAACUUGUGAAUUCUCAAAUCUUGCUAUAACUUUGACAGAAUACUUCAUCCCAUUGACCAUGUCAAGUGUUUGGAAGAGUAGGUUUACCAUACAGCUCAGGCAUACUUCAUUUUGAAAUUAAAUGGCUGAUUUUCCUACCUCCAUCACACACUAGCAAACUAUCGGUUUUAUUCAGGAGUUCUCAGUUGAUUUGCCAUCACAUUGUACAGAGUUGUUCUGCUCACUGUCCCUCCCUUGUUUUCUUUGAGAAAAGAAACACCUUCUCUCUUGAACUAUGAUUUUUGUUGCUGGGUUAUAAAUGUCAUUUCCUAAUUGGUUCUAUCCUAAACACAUGUGAAAAGUUUAUUACACUGCAAAGACUUUCUCUUUGGAGGAGGGGCAUCCUGCUGUAGCACAUUUUGUUCUAGUUUCUCAAUGAUCUGCCUCCUCUUGCUCUCUCUCCUUCCUCGUGUUGGAAAGAGGAAGAAAGGAGGGAAAGAAGGAGAGGAGGAAACACAUGGCACACACAGCACAUGGAAGGAAGGAAGGCCCCCAGAAAGUGCAUGAGACAGAAAGGAAUGCAACAUGCUGCCAACCUUUCCUCCUUCGUGAGCAAAAAGUAAUGGUGGAGCUUUUUCUCAAAGGGACAUUUUGGCUCCUCCCACAAAUUGCGUAAUCAUAUCAUUUUAAAGCUGAGAACGACAAAGACCAUCAAAUGACAACAAUGGCCAUUUUGCCCUUCUCUAACUUGCAAAAAAAGUCACUUGCCAACCAGCUUAGAAAGUGUCCGAAAAGAGAACCCUUUGCAACCCCUUUUAAAUGCCAAGAUAUCUCUACCCUACACUUGAAGCUUACGUCAUGUGAUGAACACAGUAGGCUGCCAUUUCUUAAGUGGGUGGCUCAGUAGUAUUUAAUGAAUGUGAUCAAGUGGAGAGAACGUUCUUUCUCUUUUUUGCAGGAAUUAUGUCAUUUAGCUCCCAACCUUAAGUCACGUGACUCAAGGGCCAGGUAUCCUUUUUCCUGGAUGUCAAAGGUUUUUAAAUUUUGAUUUAGGCUUGUAAAGGGGAAUGAACCAAGCCUUUUAAUUCCUGCUUAGCUUGGCUGUGAUGGUUUCACAAGGGAGAAAGCCUAUCCUACUUCCAACAAUAAUAUAUUUUCAUAGAAGGACAUGUGAGAUAACUACUGGCUGCAAACUAGAUGGGUAUAUAUUCUGUAUUGGCUAUGCUGGUAUAUCUGAGUGAUGUGUGUGGGAGUUAUGAGGUGUAGACCAAUUCAUCUGAAAGGAACUAAAUACGGUAGAGUAAUAUUGAUUCUGAAAGGUAGCUUCCUUUGGUGACAUUUGUAUAGGUCCAAACAUGACUAUGUUGCUGUAGCAAAUGCUAGGGAGGAACAACAGGAGACAACCAUCUCCAUUCUGCCCUGUUGGGGGGACUUCAGCAGGUAUUUGGUGACCCUGGGCUACAUGAAUUAUUUCUCUACUCCCGGGUUCUUACUAUCCUAUUGCAAUUUUAAAAGAUAAGGAGAAAUAAUCUUUGUGCAACUUUAGAGAAACCAUAGUACAACUUUGGAGAAACAUUAAUGCAAAGCUAUGAUAUCCAAGACACUUACGUUCCAAAUGAAAUAGAUGGCAUGGCACCAAUAAGUAAAGGUAAAGGUUUCCCUUGACAUUAAGCCUAGUCAUAUCCGACUCUAGGAGUAGUGCUCAUCUCCAUUUCGAAGCCGAAGAGCUGCCGUUGUCCAUAGACACUUUCUAGGUCAUGUGGUUGGCAUGACUGCAUGGAGCACCGUUACCUUUCCGCCCAAAGAUGUUUCCAAACUUCUAGGUUGGCAGAAGCUGGGGCAAAUAGUGGGAGCUCACCCCGCUCCCUGGAUUCAAACCACCAACCUUUUGGUUAGCAGGUUCAGCAGCUCAGCGGUUUAACCCACUGCGCCACCAUGAGGUCCUUGGGAUGUAUUUAGAUAUAUUGGGAUGGCACCAAUAUAUCUAAAUAAUUCAGCAAAUGCCAUGGCUAUAUUAGCUCCUCUUGAAUGGUAUAAUACAAAAUUUGGUAAUGUAUAAUAAAAUCUUGACCUUUCUCAUUUCUAAAUUACAUACAAUUUUCCAUUCUAUACAUUACGAAGGGGAAACUGAAACUGAAAGGACAGUUGUUAUGUACUUGGGGUCAGUAAUUUCAUCCUUAAAGACCUGUACCCACUGCAUUCUCUUCCUGAUAAGACAGUACUUCUUUUUUGUAUUACAUCUGUUCAGAAUCUUCUAUGAAACUACCCAGAUUCACAAUAAGUAUAUUUUAUUAAUAUAAUCUAUUCAGACAAAAUAGAUGUAAAUAAAUUAACUUAAUAUGAGUAUAAUUAAAAAAAAUAUUUUGUAGAGCCUGUUUGGUUUAUACAAUUUAAAAAACACGCAACUUUAAAACAGAGUGAGGAAAUACUUUUUGUCUCUCUGCAGUAUUAAAAUAUUUAUGAUAGCUGAUACAGAACCCAGUGAGAAGCCCAGCGACCGUUUUUCUGUGGAGCCAGGAAAAGAUAAUUUGCAAAUAGCAUCAUUUAUGGUUUCCUUUCUCUUGUGAAGUUCAGUUUUUCCAAAACAUGGAAGUGUUACUUUUUAUACUGCAUUUCCUAGAAUUAAUCAGCUAGUAUAUUGGGUAUUAUGGGAGAUGUAGUCCAAAUUUUUUCAAGUAAUUUUUCAAGGCUUGUGUGUAUGUGGUUGUGUAUGUGUGUGUACACCUUCAAGUCGCCUAUCAGCUUAUGGAGACACUAUCAAUUUUAUAAGGUUUUGGUAGGCAAGGAAUUCUGGGUUUGCUAAAUCCUUUCCUUAUUCUUUUACCCUUCACUUCUGCUCUGAUUCCUCCAUUUUUGCACUUCCAUACCUUUCCUUUAACCAGUGGUUCUCAACCUGUGGCUCCCCAGAUGUUUUGGCCUUCAACUCCCAGAAAUCCUAACAGCUGGUAAACUAGCUGGGAUUUCUGGGAACACCUGGGAACCCACAGGUUGAUAAUCACUGCCUUGAAACCUUGCUAGUUCAACAUGGGCUCAAUGUGUUUGAUUUAAAAUGGCACCUCUUACCACCAGCAUCUUAGUAUGAUCCCAAAAAGUGGGGUGCGGAUGUCAUUUUCUAUGUAAGAUGACAAUUAAUACUUAAUGAAAAAGCCAAGUCAUUUUCAUUUAUGGACUAGCAAUUCUCCAAAGUGUGACCCAAACUGAGACCCUUGAAUGAUGCCGCUGGUGAUGCUGGGGAAGCUUUAACUAGAAUCAGAGACAUGGAACCAGCACAAAGGCUGACAUGUGAAACCAAGAAGCUUUGCACUUCAGCAGAGUAGUGCAUGCUGCUAUUCCGAUUGUUCCCCAUGGCAAUGUUGGGGCUGUAGAUACUGAAUUAUUCAAGACCUUUACCUAUGGUGGAGCUGAAUUUGCCCUUCAUCCAAGUGACAGCUCUCUUGUUCCCUUUAAUUUUCCCACGUCAGAUAUGCAGGAGUUGCCAGGAAUCAAUAUUCUGCUUGUGCCAAAGGAAAGGAAGGUUGGGAAGGAGGUGUGCAUGUGUCACUUUCUGAAGUGAAAGAAGCUAUUUUAGGGUGCUUGUGGGAUAUGCAAAACUGAUCCAUAAUAAAACCCUUGGAUGCUGCUAGUUGUGGUUUUUAUUGUGUAAUUAACCUGCCUAAUAAACAAAAUUGUACAUGGGA